AUGCGUCGGACGCAGAAGAACAAGGCCACAGAAUACCAUCUGGGUCUUCUGAAAGGAGUUGCUAGAAAACUUGCCCGUCUGCGAGCUCAGCUCCUGGAGCCAGUCGGCGGGGCUGGCUCCGGAGGUGGCAUGGGAUUCGAUGUCAGCAAGAGUGGAGAUGCCCGAGUGGCUCUAGUCGGCUUCCCUUCAGUCGGAAAGUCUACGUUCUUGUCCAAGAUCACCAAGACCAAGAGUGAGGCUGCUGCCUACUCUUUCACCACCCUGACUGCCAUCCCCGGUGUCCUGGAGUAUGGCGGUGCCGAGAUCCAGAUCCUCGAUUUGCCCGGUAUCAUUGAGGGUGCGUCCGAGGGCAAGGGUCGUGGUCGUCAAGUCAUUUCCGCGGCAAAGACAAGUGACCUGAUUCUGAUGGUUCUGGAUGCCACAAAGCGUGCUGAACAGCGAGCUUUGCUCGAGGCUGAAUUGGACUCCGUGGGCAUUCGUCUGAACAAGGAACCUCCCAAUAUCUACCUCAAGAUUAAGAAGGCGGGUGGCAUGAAGAUCUCUUUCGCGACACCUCCGAAGAACUUAGAUGAAAAGCUCGUUUACAACGUGCUCCGCGAUUACAAGAUUCUCAACUGCGAAGUGCUGGUGCGAGACGAAAAUGCUACGAUUGACGACUUUAUCGAUGUGAUCAUGAAGGAUCACCGCAAGUACAUUCGCUGUCUAUACGUCUACAACAAGGUCGAUAGCAUUGGCCUCGAGUUCCUCGAUGCCCUUGCCCGUGAACCUUACACAGCUGUCAUGAGUUGUGAACUUGAUCUUGGUGUGCAAGAUGUCGUGGAGCGGAUUUGGAAGGAAUUGAGACUGAUGCGACUCUACACGAAACGAAAGGGAGAAGAGCCGAAUUUCGACGAGGCGCUGAUUGUGCGCCGGGACUCGAGUAUCGAAGACGUCUGUGAUCAGAUUCACCGCACGAUCAAGGACACCUUCAAAUAUGCCAUGGUGUGGGGAGCAAGUGCGAGACAUAUCCCCCAGCGGGUGGGUCUGGCACAUAUGGUUGCAGACGAAGAUGUGGUGUCUAUAGUUACUAAGGACAAGGCUUAA